AUGGCAGAGGAACAGCGAAGUCUCCGCUCCGUCCACGCAACCGCCGAACAGAACCGAUCCAAUCUCGAUACCCGCGCCGACAGCAACAGUGAAUCAUUCCAAGACAAAUUGUCCACAACGAUCAAAUUGUAUGAAGAAUGCUUAGAGAUCGCCCAGCGCGUGUCGUUGUUCAGUCCGAACGAGUCACUUGAGGACAUCAGCUCAGCGGAUCUACAAUAUCUACUCCUCCACUAUCGCCUCGCGGAACUGAUCGGGCGCAUCGCCGGCGGGAUCGCAGAGCGCAAGAACCACCUCGAAAAGGCCCAGAAGAGCUACGAGCAAUACCUCAAACAACUAGACGACUACGAACUCCUCUCCAAGAGCGAUUCCGCCUUGCUGGAAUCCUACCAGGAGUCACCCACGACCUUCUCCACCGCCGCGACCAGCGACGCCGCCCAACGACGGGACAUCAAAAUCCGGCGUUUCAGAGAAGAGAAAGAACUCAAACAAAAGCUCGAAUACCUCCGCCAGAACCCCGAAGCCCUCGCCAACGACGACGCCGCCUACCGCAGCCUGCAGCUCACCAGCAUCGCCUACGCCACCCACCAGACCUUCGCCUCUCUCGAGUCCCUCGCGCAGGAGCUCCACAUCCUCUCCCUCGCACCGCCACCCGACGCCCGGGAAGCCCACCAGACGACCAACAACUCGCUCGACUCCCGCGACCGCACCACGCGGCAGACCAACCCGGCCGCGACAUUCUCCGACCGCCUCGACGCGCCCGCCGGCCAUCUCUCCGCCGGGCUCCGCGGGCCGCUGCUGGACCGACAAGGCAAGCCCCUGCGGCCGUUCACGCUGACCAGCAGCCGGCAGGAAUUCCAGCAGGGGGUGUUCCGGCCGGAUUACAACCUCCCCACGAUGUCGAUCGACGAGUAUCUCGAGGAGGAGCGGCGGCGGGGAGGCAUCAUCGAGGGGGGCGGGGAGGCGAGCGGGAUCCGGCCCGAGGUCGACGAGGAUGACCAUGACGUGGCGGACCAGGCGACGAUGAAGGCGAGGGAGUGGGACGAGUUCGUCGAGGCGAAUCCGAAGGGGAGCGGGAACACCAUCAAUCGGGGGUAA